GGAGCCGGGCCUGGGGACUCGGGAUCCCGCCGCUGCCGGGGCCGCAGGAUGGGGCGCGUCCUCGGGGGCCUGCGCUGCAUCAAGUACAUGCUACUCGCCUUCAACCUGCUUUUCUGGUUGGCAGGAUCCACUGUCAUUGCUUUUGGCCUGUGGCUUCGGUUUGGAGGCAUAGUGAAGGAUUUGUCCUCAGAGGGUAAAACUCCUGAGUAUUUCUACAUGGGACUGUAUGUGCUUGUUGGAGCAGGUGCCCUGAUGAUGACCGUGGGAUUCUUUGGGUGCUGUGGAGCUGUGCGAGAGUCUCAGUGUCUGCUCGGAUCAUUUUUCACCUGCCUGCUGGUAAUCUUUGCUGCAGAGGUAACCACCGGAGUAUUUGCAUUUAUAGGCAAAGGAAUGGCUAUAAGAGAAGUUCAAACCAUGUAUGAAGAUGCAUAUAAUGGUUACCUUAAAGAUAAGAUGAACAAAACUCUCAUCACCUUCCAUUCAUCAUUUCUAUGCUGUGGAAAAGAAAGUCCUGAUCAGGUACAAUCCACAUGCCCAAAGGAGCUCCUAGGACACAAAAAGAACUGUAUAGACGAGAUUGAGAACGUGAUCAGUGCCAAACUCCAGCUCAUCGGGAUUGUCGGGAUCGGAAUAGCUGGCGUCACGAUCUUCGGCAUGAUAUUCAGCAUGGUCCUCUGCUGUGUGAUCCGUAACUCAAGAGAUGUAAUCUAAAACUCCACCUGCAUGAUAUCGAAAAUCCAGGACUUUAUUACUAAAUGUCACAAGGGCAUCAUCUUUCUCAGCUGUUAAAGUGGAAAGGCAUUAAGGUCUAAAACGAUUUGGUUUCCAGUGUACAUUUGCACAUGUAUGUGAGUGUGGUACCUAGCCUUCCUGCCAUGGGGGCAGGUGAUUGUGUCCUAACGUUGUCAGCUCUGUCUGCAGCUGCGCAACAUCUGUAUGUGCAGGGGAUGCUGAAAGCCCUUCAUUGGGGGAAUUCCUGGUUCUCUCUGUGAUCACACGGGGUCGGGGUGGGAGGGUGGGGUAACAGCCAGCUUAUAAAACAACAGCAACCAAAAAGCAAUGAUUCACUUUGAGAAGGUAAUGUUCAAGACAGGAAAAGCUUCUAAAAAUCAAACACCAGCAGUGAGGGCCCAAGGGAUUCCGGGGAAGAGGAGAUAGAAUUUGUUUGUGGGAAUUAAUUGGUACUAUGGAUGUGUGAUGGGUCCCAGGAGCUAAUGGACCAGAAUCUUGGAGCCCAAAGUAGUGGCAAAACGAAAAUGAACAAAGACAGCUAAAUUUGAAUGUUCUUUCUUUUUUUUUUCUUUUUUUUUUGAAUAUUUUUUUCUUAAAGUGUGUAUAUAUAUAAUUUACACACAUGCAUAUAGACAUAUGUAUAGAUACAAUGUGUAUAUAUGUGGUGUACAUAUGUACAAUGUGUGUAUAUAUAUAGUGUAUAUAUAGACACAUGUGUAUAUGCAAGAUAUAUAUAUACACAGUAUGUAUAUAUGUAUAUAUGCAAUGUCUGUGUGUAUAUAUAUACAUGUAUACACACACACACAAUGUGUCGAGAUGACUGUAUAUGUGUGUAUACCCAUUUGGACCCACAUUUGGAAACAAAUGCCUGGCUCACAGACAAUCCUGCGUCCCUGUAAUUCUUCAGAUUGAAAGACACUUCCCUAGCUCUGCAAGCAAAGAUUUUUGGUAGCCCUUUUCAUCCUCCUUUUUUCUUGCCUCCUCUUCAAGCUACUGCAGCUGCCACGCCUUUGAACGGGCUUUUCUUCGGAGCCCUCCUGUGUGUUUUGGGAUGUAAUGAGAACAGGAAGUUAAAGUCAGCUUAUCUGCCCAUUGCAUGUUGUGGAUAAGAGAUUUGGUGUUUUAUCGGCACUGUACCUUUGAAAUACCUCAGGACUUGAGUUUACAUAUUUUUUCCUAAUUAUUUUUGUAUUCUUUUCUUAUUUAUUCACUUAGUAAACUCUUCUUCAUAGGUCAAGAAAUGCAAAUUAUUUCCCCCUAAUUAAAAUAAAUAAAAAUGAAAGAUUAUAAACUCACAUUCUCUCAUGAGCUUCCUUGCCCUAGAAAUGAGUAUUUUCUCCUAACGAAGCUGUUUAGAACAGGAACCUGGAAAAGAGAGAUACAAAAUACUCCCAGGGCCAGUUUGUUUAUUGGCAUUCAAAGCCAAGUUCACAAUCAAAAUUAUCUGCUUUUUUGGCUGAGUACAUUCACUAAAUGUAGUUUGAAAGAACCAGUGGUAUUUUUAAAACCCUACAAAAAUGGCAGGGUAGGAGAUUUCAGAAAGUAUCCAGCUGGCUGGUAUGUGCCCGUGUCCUGAGCUCCUCAACGGACUUGGCUGAUGAGAUUUGCCAACUUGGAAUCCUGUCACUCCCUAUCACGACCUAUCCAUCCUCACCCCCUUCCUAUAACUGAUGUCAAUGGAAUGCACCCCUAAUGGAAUACAUCCAGAGGGUAAAGGUGAAUGAAGGUCCAGACUGACACAGGUGAAUCACUGUGUCUCUUAGUUGAAGGCAAACAAACAACUUCAUUUCAAUAAAACACACUCCUUGGCUAAUCGUCUUUGUUCCAGGAGUUGUGCAGUGAAAAAUUCAUUAGAAAAAUCUGGAUAACCAUUUCUAUUUGGUUUUUUAGUCAUCCGUGUGCCCAGAAUCAGAAAGGGCUGACCCAUAACACUCAACCACCAGGGGACCCCUCCAGUUGUAUAAUUCUCUGAGAGUAAUUUUUGUUUGUAAGUGAAAUCUCAGCUCUAAAGGAAAUGACUUAUUGAAAGUGUGACAAUCAGAUUAAAAAGGUGACAGUUUAGGUGUUGGGUCACUUAAUUUUUUUUUUUUUACAUUUCUCUGCACUGGAGCCAAUCUAAACUUAAUCUCAGAGACUGUCUCAAGACUUUAGGGCAGAAAUACAAAACCCAACCUUCCUGAUAAUGGCCAAAAAUUUUGUAAGUUAUUUUAUACUAUAUUUUCUCUAAACUGCAAUCACAUAUUGGCUUAAAAAAAAACUCUUAUUUGAUUUCCUAUGCAAAUUCUCACUCUUUGGGAAAAUAAGUCUAAGUAUCUACCCAUCAUCCCAUACUGAGAAUCAACUAUGAAAUGGAAAUAUUCAGUAAUACUGAAGGUAUAAGGAUUAACUCCCACCUGAGAGGCUAUUUUAUUAGUCUUGGAUGUAUGUAUAUGUGUGUAUACAUAUUUAUAUAAUAUACAUGUAUAUGUAUGUUGUGUGCAUAUACAUACAUGUGUGACACAAAAUCAAGAAUGUGCCGAUUUGCAAGAGCUACGUAGUUCAAUAUUCACUGUAAGUGUUUACACCUUGGAAAUCAGCAAAUAUGACAAAUUGGAGCUUGAUUUAUUGUUCUGUCGAUUGUCUAGAGUCAAGGAAAUGAGGGAGAAAAUAUUAAUACUGCAAGUUAAACUGAAAUGUGCACUAGGCAUCCAAUUUUCUGUCAGAGAACUAGUUGGUGAAUGUUUACCAGCACACCCCUGUUCAUACACCUGUUUGGGGAAUGCAAUCUAACUAAAUUAUAUUGCACCCAAAUCUGUACUGAAGUGUAUUGUGGUUCUGCUAUAUUUUGUUACCAUUGCCUUAAUUUUUGAAUCAUUUCUUUUUUGUGUUCCACUAUUUAAAUAAAAAAGAACCAAUAAGAAUAAUAUAUAUAAAAUUAUUUGAAAAUAAAAAGAACUACAUUGAUCACAAA